AGCACUGCAGUCUACUGCCUGCCUGUAGACAUAUAGUGGUGCUCACUGCUCUGUGCUGCUCCGAUGUUCACCCACACACCCACAGCUGUUCAGCCUGGCUAGUCCCGCAGAGAGAGAGAAGCAGAGAGGCAGUGUGUUGCCAGUAUAGCUAGGUCUCCAAGCCUCUACUAAACACAAUCAGAUCCUUCUCAGGAGCCUCUCUGUAAGUAGCUUGUUGCAUCACUGCAGCUCUUUUGACUCGCUCUGUCUCUGUAAAAGGAACUGUUUUUAGUAACACUGCAGGAAAUAACAUGUCACAGGAUGUUAUUUGUCCUGGGUUGAUGUGUGUCUAAUUGAGUGAAGAGAACGUUAUUAUGGGUGAUGAUAAUGUAUGAUUUGUGGCUGGUGGGAGUCUGUUCCAUUUCUCUGAAAUGGAGGCAAAACACUUAAGUUUUAUAUGUAUUUUGGACGAUGUGUGUGCCCCAAAAUGACUGUAGAAAGUAAACGUAUUCUGGAGGUUGUCACUGACACUGCAGUCAGUCAGUUCUAAAGAGAUUGCAGAGUCACAGAGAGCCAACAUGGGAACAGAGAGACGCAUGGUGGUGGUAGGUAAGGUGAUAUAACCGGAUUCUGAAGGAGUUGGUAGCUGGUGAUGCACAUGUUGUCAGUUAAUGGGCCACUAGCCCACAUCCGGUGUGUAGCCCACGUGGGUGAGAGCAUAUGCAUAGUAAUGUUAGUACAUAACGCAUAGUAGCUACCACUCCCUUACGACUGUGGCUUGCUCUCUCAGGGGGGAUGUUACAGUGACAGAGAGAUAAAGCCUUACUAUAACCAUCAACUUCCACAGAACAGAUAGGAAGGUUGAACUGACUCAGUUGGAGGUGAGCUAAAUCAGUUUUCCUGGUAGUGGAUGGAGUAGAGCCAAGCCAACCAAGGCUUCGUCCCAAUACUGCAGAGUGAGAGAGGGAUAGGUUCGCCAGCAGACCUGGAUUAAAAUGCUAUCUGAAAUAUUUCAAAUACUUUUAGCACAAGCCUGUAAUGCCAUAUGAGUAGGGUUUGCACUUGAACCCAACAGGCCUGGGUUCAGUUGCGCCAAGCAAGCUCAAUCAAGCCCAGCUAAAGUGUUUGAAAGAUUUCAAAUAGUAUUUGAACCCAGGCCUGUUGGCCAGGGUCUGUGGUUGGAACAGCUUGUAGUGAAUGAAUGGAAGGUAUUAUUUGAUUCCAUGACAGUGGUUUACUGUGUGACAGUGUCCAGGAACAUAGUGUACAGGUUUGACUCUGACAGAACACAGGAAUUGAUUUGGUUCAACAGUGGCCUGUCCAGCCUCAGCCUGGCUCUGGCUGUAAAUUACAGAUGUACAGUUAUGAGUCACACCAGAAUAUCGAGAACUUCACCUAGUAUAACCUUACAUCUUAGCUUGUAGCCCUCUGUUUCUCUCUCUCUGUUGCUCUUUCUCUCUCUCUCUACCUCUCUCUAUUGCUCUCACUCACUCCCUCUCUGUCUCUCUCUGUGUUGGUCUCUCUACCCAAAGUGGUACUCCUUAGGGUGGACAAAGUAAAACUGAUUAUCACCUGCAACUCAUAAGGACACAGUCAUUGCUAGCAUCAUCCUCAAAUACCUCCCCAAUAACCACAUCCAGCUUAUCUCACUGACUUACUAUAACUUGAAUUAGUCCUCAGAUAUAGUACACAACAUGUUCGGAAUCAGCAUCCACCUCCCCACUCACUAACGUAUUGGGUUUAUAUUCAAAACCACAGUUUAACUUCUUAUUUUUCACACACUCAUAGAGAGAGAUCCUCUACCCCAGGGCAGUGUCUGUGCCUCGCAGUCUGUGACAGUAACUUGGCAUGGUAGAGAAAUGGAGAACACGUGCAAAUGAUUAUCGCUGUGGAGAGGAAACUGAGUUACCAUUGAGUCACCUCGCUUUUCCUCUCUCUCUCAAUUUCAAAUCAAUUCAAAGGCGAUUAUUGGCAUGGGAAACUUAUGUUUACAUUGCCUAAGCAAGCGAAAUAAACAAACAAAAAGGAAAUAAACAAGGGAAAUAAACAAUCAGAAAUUAACAGUAAACAUUACGCUCACAAAAGUUUUAAAAGAAUAUAGACAUUUCAAAUGUUAUAUUAUUGGCUAUGAACAGUGUUGUAACAAUAUGCAAAUAGUUGAAGUACGAAAGGGGAAAUAAAUAAGCAGAUAAAUAUAGGUUGUAUUUACAAUGGUGUUUGGGCUCCACAGGUUGCCCUUUUCUUGUGGCAAUAUUUCACAAAUCUUGCUGCUGUGGUGGCACACUGUUGUAUUUCACCUAAUAGAUAUGGGAGAUUGGAUUUGUUUUCAAAUUCUUUGUGGGUCUGUAAUCUGAGGGAAAUACAGUGCCUUCAGAAAGUAUUCACACCCCUUGACUUUUUCCACAUUUUGUUGCAUUACAGCCUGAAUUUUUAUUUGGAUUAAAUUGAGAUUUUGUGUAACUGGCCUACACACAAUAGCCCAUAAUGUCAAAGUGGAAUUAUGUUUUUAGAAAUGUUUACAAAUUAAUUAAAAUAUGAAAAGCUGAAAUGUCUUGAGUCAAUAAGUAUUCAACCCCUUUGUUAUGACAAGCCUAAAUAAGUUCAGGAGUAAAAAUGUGCUUAACAAGUCACAUAAUAAGUUACAUGGACUCAGUCUGUCUGAAAUAAUAAUGUUUAACAUGAUUUUUGAAUGACUACCUCAUCUCUGUAACCCACACAUAAAAUUAUCUGUAAGGUCCCUCAGUCGAGCAGUGAAUUUCAAACACAGAUUCAACUACAAAGACCAGGGAGGUUUUCCAAUGCAAAGAAGGGCACCUAUUGGUAGAUGGGUGAAAAUAAAAAAAGCAGGUAUUGAAUAUCCCUUUGAACAUGGUAAAGAAAUGGAAUAGAGUUAAGCACAGGCAAAAUCCUAAAGGAAAAGCUGUUUCAGUCUGCUUUCCACCAGACACUGGGAGACAAAUUCAACUCUCAGGAGGAAAAUAACCUAAAACACAAGGCCAAAUAUCAUUUUGUGGGUAGUGGGCACAUAGCCUAUUUUCUCUUGAGAGCCAAGUCUGCUGAUGGUGACCUCUCUUGAUAGCAAGGCCAUGCUCACUGAGUCUGUACAUAGUCAAAGCUUGUAGUGGUCAGGUAUUCAAAGCUUCACAGUGGUCAGGUAUUCUGCUACUGUGUAUUCUCUGUUUAGGGCCAAAUAACAUUCCAGUUGGCUCUGUUUUUUAAAAAUUAUUUCUAAUGUGUCAAGUAAUUAUCUUUUUGUUUUCUCGUGAUUUGGUUGUGUCUAAUUGUGUUGCUGUCCUGGGGCUCUGUGGGGUCUGUUUGUGUUUGUGAACACAGUCCCAGUACCAGCUGGCUGAGGGGACUCUUCUCCAGGUUUAUCUCUCUGUAGGUGAGGGCUUUGUUAUGGAAGGUUUGAGAACCGCUUCCUUUUAGGUGGUUGUGUAAUUUAAUUGCUAUUUUCUGGAUUUUGAUAAUUAGCGGGAAUCGUCCUAAUUCUGCUCUGCAUGCAUUAUUUGCUGUUUUAUGUUGUACACAGAGGAUGUUUUUUGCAUAAUUUGGCAUGCAGUCUCAAUUUGGUGUUUGUCCCAUUUUGUGAAUUCUUGGUUUGUGAGUGGACCCCAGACCUCACAACCAUAGAGGGCUUUGUGGAAGUUACAUGUGGUGCUGAUGUUUAGGCCGAGGUAGGUAUAUUGUUUUGUGUGAUCUAGGGCAACAGUGUCUAGAUGGAAUUUGUAUUUGUGGUGCUGGAAACUGGACCUUUUUUGGAACACCAAUAUUUUUGUCUUACUGAGAUUAACUGUCAGGGCCCACGUCUGACAGAAUGUGCAGAAGAUCUAGGUGCUGCUUGGUUGGGGAGAAGCACCAGAUCAUCUGCAAACACUAAACAUUUGACUUCAGAGACUAGUAGGCUGGGUGCUUCAGACUGUUCUAGAGCCCUCACCAAUUUGUUGGUAUACAUUUUGAAGAUGGUGGGGCUCAAGUUUUUUUGCCAAUUUUAACCGCAUACUUGUACACAUUGUUUGUGUACGUGGAUUUUAUGUUUUCCCCCAACACCGCUUUCCAUCAAUUUGUAUAGCAGACCCUCAUGCCAAAUUGAGUCAAAAUCAUUUUUGAAAUCAACAAAGCAUGAGAAGACUUUGCUUUUGUUUUGUUUUGUUUGUUUGUUUGUCAAAAUGGGUGUGCAGGGUGAAUAUGUGGUCUGUCGUACGGCAAUUUGGUAAAAAGCCAAUUUGACAUUUGCUCAGGACAUUGUUUUCACUGAGGAAAUGUAGUUAUUGGGGUCGAAUUUGUCUCCACUUCUGUGGAUUGGGGUGAUCAGUCCUUGGUUACAAAUAUUGGGGAAGAUGCCAGAUGUUAAAGGAGAUUAAGUAUAGCCAAUUGGAAUUUGUGGUCUGUAUAUUUUAUCAUUUCAUUUAAGAUACCAUCAACACCACAAGCCUUUUUAGGUUGAGGGGUUUGUAUUUUGUACUGUAGUUCAUUCAGUGUAAUUGGAGAAUCCAGUGGGUUCUGGUAGUCUUUAAUAGCUGACUCUAAGAUUUUUUAUUGAUAAUGUAUAUAUUUGUGCUGUUUGUUAGAGUGCCAGAAAAGAUUGGAGAAGUGGUUUAUCCAAGCAUCUCCAUGUUGGAUAGAUAGCUCUUCAUGUUGUUGUUUGUUUAGUGUGUUCCAAUUUUCCCAGAAGUGGUUAGAUUCUAUGGAUUAUUCAAUUACAUUGAGCUGGUUUCUGACUUGCUGUUCUUUCUUUUUCCUUAGUGUAUUUCUGUACUGUUUUAUUAUUUCACCAUAGUGAAACCGUAGGCUCAGGUUUUCUGGGUCUUUGUGUUUUUGGUUGGAUAGGUUCCUCAAUUUCUUUCUUAGGUUUUUUGCAUUCUUCAUCAAACCAUUUGUCGUUGUUGUUAAUUUUCUUUGGUUGUCUGGUUGAAAUGUUUAGAUUUGAUAGGGAAGCUGAGGUCAAAUAACUGUUUAUGCUUUCUACUGCCAAGUUUACAACUUCACUAUUGCAGUGAAACGUUUUGUCCAGGAAAUUGGACUUGAAUUUGUUCUUGGCUAAUUGUUUUCUGGUAGGUUUCUACACUACUUUCCUUUCAUCUAUAGCAUUUCUUAAUAGUAUGCAGUUUGUUUGGCUUUGAUGCCUCAUGAUUGAGUAUUGCUCUGUUCAAGUAGGCUGUGGUUUUGCUGUGAUCUGAUAGAGGUGUCAGUGGGCUGACUGUGAACGCUCUGUGACUCUGGGUUGAGGUCAGUGAUAAAGCAGUUUACAGUACUGCUGCCAAGACAUGAGCUGUAGUUGUACGUACCGUAGGAGUCCCCUCGAAGCCUACCAUUGACUAUGUAGAGCCCCAGCGUGCGAUAGUCGUAGUUGUGGGGCAUGUUUUGUCGUAGUUGUGGGGCAUAUCUAGCUCCACAAUGAGAUAGGGUGCAGGCCAGGCAGCAGGCUGUUAGCCAGCAUGCCAGCUUAGUGGAGUCUGCCACUAGCACAGUCAGUGUAGUCAGCUCAGCUAUCCCCAUUGAGACCGUGUCUGUGCCUCGAUCUAGGUUGAGCAAAACUAAACAUGGCGGUGUUCACCUUAGCAAUCUCACUGGAAUAAAGACCUCCUCCAUUCCUGUCAUUAUUAUCUCAAAAUAGGGCUACUUAAUGUUAGAUCCCUCACUUCCAAGGCAGUUAUGGUCAAUGAACUAAUCACUGAUCAUAAUCUUGAUGUGAUUGGCCUGACUGAAACAUGGCUUAAGCCUGAUUAAUUUACUGUGUUAAAUGAGGCCUCUCCUCCUGGUUACACUAGUGACCAUAUCCCCCGCACAUCCCGCAAAGGCAGAGGUGUUGCUAACAUUUUCGAUAGCAAAUGUCAAUUUACCCUCCCAAAAAAGACUGCAUUUAUGUCUUUUGAGCCUCUAGUCAUGAAAUCUAUGCAGCCUACUCAGUCACUUUUUAUAGCUGCUGUUUACAGGCCUCCUGGGCCAUAUACAGAGUUCCUCACUGAGUUCCCUGAAUUCCUAUCGGAUAAUAUUCUACAUUUUGGUGACUUUAAUAUUCACAUGGAAACAUCCACAGACCCACUCCAAAAGGCUUUCGGCGCCAUCAUCGACUCAGUGGGUUUUGUCCAACAUGUCUUCGGACCUACUCAUUGCCACAGUCAUACCCUGGAUCUAGUUUUGUCCCUUGGAAUAAAUAUUGUGGAUCUAAAUGUUUUUCCUCAUAACCCUGGACUAUAGGACCACCAUCUUAUUACGUUUGCAAUCACAACAAAUAAUCUGCUCAGACCCCAACCAAGGACCAUCAAAAGCUGUGCUAUAAAUUCUCGGACAACCCAAAGAUUCCUAGAGGCCCUUCCAGACUCCCUCCGCCUACUCAAGGACGUCGGGAGUACAAAAAUCAGUUAACGACCUAAUUGAGGAUCUAAAUUUAACCUUGCGUAAAAACAAAAAACAUUUGUCACAAGAAACUAGCUCCCUGGUAUACAGAAAAUACCCGAGCCCUGAAACAAGCUUCCAGAAAAUUGGAACGGAAAUGGCGCUCCACCAAACUGGAAGUCUUCCUACUAGCUUGGAAAGAAAGUACAGUGCAAUAUCGAAGAGCCCUCACUGCUGCUCGAUCAUCCUAUUUUUCCAACCUAAUUGAGGAGAAUAAGAACAAUCCAAAAUGUAUAUUUGAUACUGUCGCAAAGCUAACUAAAAAGCAGCUUUCCCCAAGAGAAAAUACUUUUCACUUCAGCAGUGAUGAAUUCAUGAACUCAUGAUCAUUAGAAAGCAAAUUACUGACUCCUCUUUGAAUCUGCGAGGCUGCACAAAACUGCCAGGACCUAGGAUCAAUGGAGACACUCAAGAUUUUUAAUCCUAUAUCUCUUGACACAUUCAUGAAAAUAGUCAUGGCCUCUAAACCUUCAAGCUGCAUACUGGACCCUAUUCCAACUAAACUACUGAAAGAGCUACUUCCUGUGCUUGGCCUUCCUAUGUUGGACAUAAUAAAUGGCUCCCUAUCCACUGGAUGUGUACCAAACUCACUAAAAGUGGCAGUAAUAAAAACCUUUUGGGUUCUAUGUAGAACUCUCUGUGGAAAGGGUCCUACAUGGAACCAAAAAUGGUUCCUCAAAGGGUUCUCCUAUGGGGACAGCCGAAGAACCCUUUAAGGUUCUAGAUAGCACCUUUUUUUCUAAGAGUGUAGGUAGCACACAGGACGACAUUCCUUAUUUAUUUCUAACCAAAUGUAAAAUGUCCUCAGACCUUGUAUAUUCCAGGAUAAGAUAGGGUCUCUCUCUCUCUCUCUCUCUCUCUCUCUCUUUGAAUCCUUCCACAGCAGAACUGUAGAACUGCAAGACAAACAGAGAAACAGAUUCAUUCACACACUAAAUCUGAAUAUUCUUCAACAGGAAAUAUCCGUAUUUUGGCAGUUCAUCAUUGUUGUCAUCUCAUAGCUGAAGGCUAGCCCCCUCCCCACACACACGCACACAAUUUAACUUGACUCUAAAUACAGUACACAAGCCUUUUAGGCCCAAUUAUCUCUGAGAUGACUUAGUAUCAUUACUGUGUGGUUCGUGUUGUAAAUUUAAACCAUUGUUUCACAUGUUUCUCAUGCAAAGAAAUAUAAUGAUGAUCCUAUUUAUACGGUCUCAUGUACCGCUCCAAAGGGGUGUUCAAACCUCUGCCUGGUGUGUGCUUUAUGUACAGGUGUCCACUGCUACUCCACUGACUGACACUGAGCCGUACUCUACCAGCGGAGGUGCUGUGAGCGGGUGGAGGUCGUCAUGGCAACCCAGCUGAAGGGCCUGCUGAGUGGGCGGAGACGUGUACCCAGUGACAGUCUGGCCAGAACAUUCAGGUCAGCUAUGGUGGGCAUGUGUCUGCUGUGGGCCUCAUACGUAACUGUAGUAGACUGUAAUGUGCCGCAGGGGGAAUGCAUUUGAGCCUGUAGCCUAUGAUAGAGCACACUGUGAUCUAUGGUCAGUGUUGAGUUUGUAGAAGAGUAAGAAAAUACAUGUUGUUUUACUAUGUUACACAUUCUUCCCAUUAUGGAGAAGGUUAUGAUUUGGGGGAAGAUUAUCCUAGAUCUGUACCUAUGGGUGGGCAAUAUCUAUCAGUAGUCUAUGGGGGUAGAAAAGUGGCUAUAUGGUUCUUUAAGGUGUAUUUUGUUUAGGUCCUGUGCCAGAAACCCUAGUGAGGUCAUCUCCACUAGACUGAGAGACAUGCUCCACACCUUCAUCCAGCACUACCAGGAACCAUGGGAAGAGAACCGCAGCCUAGACAGAGGUGUGUGUGUGUGUGUGUGUGUGUGUCUGUGUUAAUAUAUUGACAUUAAUGUGCAGUUGUCAGUAACUUCCUGUUGUUUGUAGAGAGAAGAGUGAAGUUCUCCAGCCAGACAGAGGAUAUGUACUACAGGGUUCUAGAGGCCGUCAUCAAUCAAGAGAGGAAGAGGCUGGGAGCCAAAGACCUUUCAGUGAGUUCUCUGCCCUCUGCUGUGUACGACUGGAACUGCACUGUUUAGUGCCUCUGGGGGCACUGUUGUACAGACAUGUACAGACAUGUACAGACAUGUACAGGCAUGUACAGUUGAAGUCGGAAGUUUACAUACACUUAGGUUGGAGUCAUUAAAACUUGUUUUUCAACCACUCCACAAAUGUCUUGUUAACAAACUAUAGUUUUGGCAAGUCGGUUAAGACAUCUGCUUUGUGCAUGACACAAGUAAUUUUUCCAAUUGUUUACAGACAGAGUAUUUCACUUAUAAUUCACUGUAUCACAAUUCCAGUGGGUCAGAACUUUACAUACACUAAGUUGACUGUGCCUUUAAACAGCUUGGAAAAUUCCAGAAUAUGAUGUCAUGGCUUUAGAAGCUUCUGAUAGGCUAAUUGACAUCAUUUGAGUCAAUUGGAGGUGUACCUGUGGAUGUAUUUCAAGGCCUACCUUCAAACUCAGUGCCUCUUUGCUUGACAUCAUGGGAAAAUCAAAAGAAAUCAGCCAAGACCUCAGAAAAAAAAUUGUAAACCUCCACAAGUCUGGUUCAUCCUUGGGAGCAAUUUCCAACACCAGAAGGUACCACGUUCAUCUGUACAAACAAUAGUACGCAAGUAUAAACACCAUGGAACCACGCAGCCGUCAUACUGCUCAGGAAAGAGAUGCGUUCUGUCUCCUAGAGAUGAACGUACUUUGGUGCGAAAAGUGCAAAUAAAUCCCAGAACAACAGCAAAGGACCUUGUGAAGAUGCUGGAGGAAACGGGUACAAAAGUAUCUAUAUCCACAGUAAAACGAGUCCUAUAUCGACAUAACCUGAAAGGCCGCUCAGCAAGGAAGAAGCCAAUGCUCCAAAACCGCCAUAAAAAAGCCAGACUACGGUUUGCAACUGCACAUGGGGACAAAGAUCAUACUUUUUUGAGAAAUGUUCUCUGAUCUGAUGAAACAAAAAUAUAACUGUUUGGCCAUAAUGACCAUCGUUAUGUUUGGAGGAAAAAGGUGGUGGCUUGCAAGCCGAAGAACACCAUCCCAACCAUGAAGCACGGGGGUGGCAGCAUCAUGCUGUGGGGGUGCUUUGCUGCAGAAGGGACUGGUGCACUUCACAAAAUAGAUGGCAUCAUGAGGAAAGAAAAUUAUGUGGAUAUAUUGAAGCAACAUCUCAAGACAUUAGUCAGGAAGUUAAAGCUUGGUCGCAAAUGGGUCUUCCAAAUGGACAAUGACCCCAAGCAUACUUCCAAAGUUGUGGCAACAUGGCUUAAGGACAACAAAGUCAAGGUAUUGGAAUUGCCAUCACAAAGCCCUGACCUCAAUCCUAUAGAACAUUUGUGGGCAGAAUUGAAAAAGCGUGUGCGAGCAAGGAGGCCUACAAACCUGACUCAGUUACACCAGCUCUGUCAGGAGGAAUGGGCCAAAAUUCACCCAACUUAUUGUGGGAAGCUUGUGGAAGGCUACCAGAAACGUUUGACCCAAGUUAAACAAUUUAAAGGCAAUGCUACCAAAUGCUAAUUGAGUGUAUGUAAACUUCUGACCCACUGGGAAUGUGAUGAAAGAAAUAAAAGCUGAAAUAAAUCAUUCUCUCUACUAUUAUUCUGACAUUUCACAUUCUUAAAAUAAAGUGGUGAUCCUAACUGACUGAAGACAGGGAAAUUUUACUAGGAUUAAAUGUCAGGAAUUGUGAAAAACAGAGUUUAAACGUAUUUGGCUAAGGUGUAUGUAAACUUCCGACAUCAACUGUAUAGUAUAGAGGUUGUCCUUGAUGACUUGUUUCUUUGUCAGGGCAUUCUGGAGCAUGAUCUGUUCCAGCGCUCUCUAGUGGCCUGUUGUCUGGAGAUGGUCAUCUUCUCCCAUCAGCUACCAGGCAGCUUCCCCCUGGUCAUUGACAUCUUUAGCCUGGCUCCAUACCACUUCUACAAGGUAACACCUACACAAAAACCUGCAAUACGUGUAAUACUGUACUGUAAUAUUGUAGGUUUUGUGUAAAGGAGGUGGUUUCACCUGAAAACUGAAGCAUUGUGUUAGCUCCCCAAGCUAAUGCCUAGGCUUGGGCUUAGAGGGCUUACACAGUCUUGGGGCAUACAGAGGUCCUGGGUUCAGACCUUGUUCAAACCUGGGUUCAAACACUUAUACUGUAAGCUUGGUGAUCUAUUUAGGUACUGUUUAACCCUCUACUGUGUGUGGUGUGUGCCAGGUGAUAGAGCUGGUGCUGCGGGCUGAGGAGGGCUUGCUGCCGGGUGUGGUCAGACAUCUGACCCGUAUAGAGGAGCAGAUCCUGGAGAGUCUGGCCUGGAGGAGAGACUCACCACUCUGGGACAACAUCAGAGCUGCCAAGGGACAGGGACAGCUGCCUGCAUGCCAUCAGGUCAGCGGGCAAAGGUUCAAAUUCACCUGUUUGUGAACUGAGCAAAAUAUCUAAUCAAAUAAAAUACAAUUGUAUUGGUCACAUACACAUGUUUAGCAGAUGUUAUUGCGGAUGUAGCGAAAUGCUUGUUUAAUAUACAGUGCACCAUCUCAAAAUAUAUAGAGCGACACAGCUGGCGCACUCGAAACAAGUUGGUCUAAUAUGGCAGCAUGACUGCUGUCGUUCCAUUAAAAAGAGGAAACAAAAUGAUCCCAACCUUGAGGUAACAGAUGGUUCUAUGUGUGUUCCAGGUGAUGCCCCCCCAAUACCUAGAGGACACAGACAAGAUGACUAAGAUCCCUCCCACCGCUCCACACUUGACCCCAAGCCUUGUGAAUGGGAUCCAUGAAAUCCACCCGAACUCCCCGAUUACACACCAUGAUCGCUACAGCUCACCCCCUGCUGGCUCAAAGAUGGACGCUGAGCCUAACCACACCAGUCAGGCCAUCACAGUCCUCCUCUGUCAUUGUUACUGGACAGACUGUAGUCACCAUGGCGUCAGCCACUGUCACCACCAACAACGGUCAGUCAGUCACCAUACCGGUUCGAGGUAAAGAUUUUCCCUCAGAUGAAACCCAAUAUGGCCAUAGAAAUUACAAACCUAAUAGAAUACUGAAAUGAUGUAAUACAACAUGUAAUAAACAUGUUAUAUACCUUGUUUACAUAUCACAACAACCAGUGCUAUUUGUUCAAUUAAACCUCUUCCACACCCAGGCAUUGCCAAUGACCGGGGAGGCAUCACAUUUAUCCCAGUGCGUCUCAGUGUUGUGGGUCAGCCCAUUCCUCCACAGCAGGUCUCCAGCACCUCUACCCAGCAGCCCCAGAACCCAGUUACACACAGACCUCAGAGAGAGGGCUCCAUCUCACUGUUCCUCCGCAAGGUAGGCUUUACUCACAGAUUUCUACAUACCUAAGCUAGCCUGAAUGCUAUGAGCCUAGAUAUUUAGUUCCAAUAUCCACAAGACAAAGGCCAUACUUCUUCCCUCUGUCUCAGGUCUACCACCUGGUGAGCGUGCGUCUGAGGAACAUCUGUGUUAAACUGGACAUCUGUGAGGCGCUGCGGCUGAAGAUCUGGACCUGCGUUGAACACUCCUUGGUCCACUGCACUGACCUCAUGCUAGACCGACACCUGGACCAAAUACUCAUGUGUGCCAUCUAUGUCAUGGCCAAGGUAGCACCAUUUGCUUUGCCUCUAGACUUUUUGCUAUACUUCCUUAAUGCAGAUGGUUUUAUGACUUUGGGGAUCAACAGCAAGGCAUUCAGCCUUCUAUACUUCUUCAGCUGUGUAUUGAUGAUAAUAAUGUAAUAUAAUAGCUUAAUUUCCAUGUGUAUGGUGUGUGUUUCUCAUGCAGGUAACCAAAGAGGACAAGUCUUUCAAGCUCAUCAUGCAGUGCUACAAGACUCAGCCUCAAGCAAGCAACUCUGUAAGGAGAUCAAUGUUUUGUUUGAUUUUGUGUGUGUAAGUGAGUUAAAUCCAGCUUGUUUGUAAUUGUGUAGUUGAUGAAGUCUGUAUUGUCCUCCUGUCAGGUAUGCAGAAGUGUUCUGAUCUCAGGGAUAAACACCAAGCCCUCACAAAACUCUCCUGGAGGAUCCAACAGAGAAAACAGUAAGAUAAAUAGAAAAACACAAACAUUCCCAUCGAUAUAUUCGCAUCAUAAUAUGCAUGAAUGAACGCAUAAAUGAAUGAAAGUAUGAAGUAUUAAAACAGCUAAUUUUUGAUGGUGAUGUUGCACUGUUUCCCAGUUGAUGCAGACCCCAGCAGUAGCGUGCUUACCUACCAGACCCCUCCAACCCAUCCUACAGGACCCAGAUCUCCCUAUAGACAGGACAAGGAGGAGAGAGGACACCUCAUCUAUUUCUACAACACCGUCUACGUCAAACAGAUGAAAGACUUUGCCCUGCGAUACUCCUCCGGCUCUCUGACCAUAGCCGGGGUGAGGGGACAUUUUCACAUACUACCUAAUGGUGACAGUAGUCGUCAUACACAAUACAUAGGAAAUACUUUACCAGUGUUCUCAGAUAUGUUUAAACUGGGGUAUAAAAUCAUUGGUACUUACAGGUCAUCUGAUCCUGUAAUAGAAGUAAGCGCAGUCCUUGUACAGAUACAGUGCAUUGUUCCUAGGCCCAGUGCUAUCAUCAUUGUCCAACAGAGAUUUUGACGACAUUCUGAUUAUUUUUUCCAUGCACAGGUUGAAACCCCUCCCCUUUCGCCAUACCCCUGCCAGCGUAUUGGAUCCUUGCGCAGACUCCGCCCCUCCAACCACCAUUCCCUCUACAUCUCCCCCCACAAGCACAGCACAUCCCCCUCUCCCCACACUGGGGUCGUAUAUUACGUCAGCAGAAGCCUCUCAAAGGUCAGAGGUCGGACAUACCUCUCUAACCCUGCUAACGGUUCUCUAACUGACCCUCUUCUAUACUUCCUAUCUGAAGCCUAAACAACAUUACACAUAUUUUAACUUCAAUAACUUUGAAAAGCAAAAGGCUUGGUCAUCGUAAAUACACAGUAUACAUCUAGUCAUGUGUGUUGCUAAUCGUUGUAUCUCAACUGUAUCCCACAGCGUCUGAGAGAGAUCAAUGACAUGAUGAGGACAUUUCAGUCACGCACCAGGAAGCGCUGUGCAGCCCAGCUGCAGGAGGAUGGUGAGGAGGAGGGUGGGCCGCUUGUGAAGAGACCCUGUCAGGAUAGCCCAUCCGACUGGCUGAGAAAGCUCAGGGACCUCGGCCAGGCAGUGACCAUGGCCAAGGCACAGCACCAGGCAACGGCACACAAUGGGACACAUUGA